UAUGCUCGUAUUGUAUACGUAUAAUAAACAGAAAACAGUUAAUAAUCAGGAAAACUUUACAGUUAUAGACAUUUUUUCAGUAGUAAACAUAUUAAUUGUAUGAAGUUUGCACUAGUCAACAAUACUUGUGUGAAGUAUGUCCUAGUACAGAAUUAUGGUUGUAACUCUUCUAUAUUUUCCCUUGCAGCGUUGCAGUAGAGUUGCUCCUGGAGUUCACAGGCGCAACGACCUGUAUCGGCACUCUGAUGCACAUCACUGCUGAGUUAUUCUGAUCCACAAUCCUGAACUCCACACUGGCGCUGGUACCCUAGACAGAAUAAAAAGCUGAUAGGUGAGGAUCUCGCCUUCACGCACGGGACAGGAGCUCUGUAUAAAGUUGCAGGUCACCGCGUUGUCUCCCAGCGGGUACGGGACCGGCAGAAUACCGAGGAACGCUGUCGCCAGUGUGGUCAUGCUUUGCAUCGGUCUAGCUGGAAAAAGAAGAUGGAUAUUAUAAUAAUAAUAAAUAAAGUUGCAAGUUGUUUCUAUGUGUAUCGGCACUCUGAUGCACAUCACUGCUGAGAUAUGUGAGUGUUCUGAGGAGCUAUUCUCGAUUAUCCCUCCAUCACCUUUUCUUCAGAGGACCACGCGCGCUGGCCUACGUUCCCACCGACUUACUGUGGCCACUAUUCCUACACGAACAAAGAAAUUUGGUGACUCAUUUCUUUGUCGUACUAUUCGUAAGUGGAAUUCUUUACCCGCGCACGUGUUCCCUCCUUCCUAUAAUCUGGGGUCCUUUAAGAGAGACGUGAAGAAGCAUUUCUGCAGGCCGGCAAGGUGAGGAUGGUUUGUAUAGCAGUUUAUAACCGCUGUAUCAGCUAUCUCCGCGUUUGGACUUAUCAUCACUUAACAGCAGGUGGGGUAGAGUCAUUUGCUCCUCGCUAUAAAAAAAAAUGUAAAUUGCAUUUAUUUAUUUAUUUGCAUUCGACUUAGGUUGGGCUGAUAAGAAUUAUUUUGCACUAUAGUGAAAACUUACAGUCACUUCCUUAAAAUGUAUCUAUGUACGUACAAAACAGAAUCGUUUUUUGCUUUGAUCUCGCCAUGACUUGAGAACGACUUUUCCAGUUUCAAUUAUCUUUUUUAAAGUUUCCUUAUAACCCGUAGAAGAAGGUCGUCAACCAAAAAGGCAGCAGUGACACUAAGGCCCGUUUUAAGAAAGAUUCUCAGUGAUUGAUCUAGUCUUGAGCAUAGUUAGAAAGGGAUGUCGCUAUAUGUAGCACAUAGCGACGUCCCUUUCUAACUGUACUCAAGUAAAGAUCAACACUUAGUUGUCAUUCUGUAAUACGGGCCUAAGCGUGUUGCUGUCGGUAUUCAGUCUACAAAAUAGAUUCGAGAAAAGGAUGUCAAUGUGACCGUGCAGGGUUUUCAAACAGGCGCAUCCAAACGACACAGAAACCUCUUUCUGUGAUCAGUGGAUGUAGUUGUCUCACGGCGCUUGUUAAGAGACGAUUUCUAACCGGGUCUAGGCACAAUUUCAAGCCAUGUCAAAAAAAAAUACGACACGGACGCAGGCGAAGGUUUAGGCUCGGUAUAAACGUAAAAAAACCGUGCUCAUGAAUAAGCUUAGCCGUCAACGGCCCGAGCUGCCUCCCCCUCAGGAAAUACCAUGUGUCAACUUACGUGCUCUGAAGACGAUGUUGAUCACCGCAUCCUGCAGCUGUGGCAGCCGGCAUGGCGGCGUCUCGCAGCCUUCGAUGUACACGUUUAAUGGCAGAGCACCCGAAAACACGGUUUAUCAAACAGUCAACAUGUUGCGUGUGGUGGUUCUCCUGGCUGCGAUCUUGACUGUGAGGGCACAGACGACUGCAGUUAACCGAUGCACCGUGUUUUCGGGUGCUCUGCCAUUAAACGUGUACAUCGAAGGCUGCGAGACGCCGCCAUGCCGGCUGCCACAGUUGCAGGAUGCAGUGAUCGACAUCGUCUUCAGAGCACCUAGACCGAUGCAAAGCAUGACCACACUGGCGACAGCGUUCCUCGGUAUUCUGCCGGUCCCGUACCCGCUGGGAGACAACGCGGUGACCUGCAACUUUAUACAGAGCUCCUGUCCCGUGCGUGAAGGCGAGAUCCUCACCUAUCAGCUGAAAAUGUUCAUCGAAUCCUUCAUGCCAGUCGGUACCAGCGCCAGUGUGGAGUUCAGGAUUGUGGACCAGAAUAACUCAGCAGUGAUGUGCAUCAGAGUGCCGAUACAGGUCGUUGCGCCUGUGAGCUCCAGGAGCAACUCUACUGCAACGCUGCAAGGGAAAAUAUAGAAGAGUUGCAACCAUAAUUCUGUACUAGGACAUACUUCACACAAGUAUUGUUGACUAGUGCAAACUUCAUAUAUUAAUAUGUUUACCACUGAAAAAAAAUGUCUAUAACUGUCAAGUUUUCCUGAUCAUUAACUGUGUUCUGUUUAUUAUACGUAUAUAAUACGAGCAUA